GCAUCGAGAAAACAGUGCAUAUAAUUUGUCUGUGUCUCACUCUCAUCAACUGCACAUUCUGGCCAGGGCUCAGACCCCAGUCAGGCCUCACGCCUCACGCCUCACUGGGUUUCAUCUUGCGACCUGCGACUGCACCAGCGAGUCGGCCUGGCUCAGGACAAGUCUGUCCUUUUUCUCCUUUUGCAACACCUGCUCCUCCCACAGCGCCUGGUCCACCUGAUCGUCGGUGAGCACUACAGGCUUGUACUUCUCAUCGAAGAGCCGCUCGUUGGCCUCGGAGUGCAGCUGGUGGGGUCCGACGACGCGCAAGUGUGCCGGCAGAUGCAGAAACUCGUCAUCGUUGAUGUCGCAGUCGCGCAUUCGGGCGCCCAGUACCCACCAGUGGCCCACAAAGCCCACAUCCAGGAUUCGGCCGGGAAAGUCGACCCAGCGGGGCUGCAGGUAGCGGCAGCGGGCCUGGUACAGGCUGGCCUGGGAGUCGAAGGGCGCCUCGUACACGAGCGAGCAGAGCCCCAGAUUCACAUGGCGCAGGCGACCAAGGCCCCGCAGCCAGAGGAGCCGCUGCACGAAACCUUCGGAGUCGCGGUUGCGCGUGGCCGGCGCCAGCAGUAGGACAGUCCCUGACGCAUCGAGCAGCGCCUCCUCGAAGGCCGCCUCGCUCGGCGCCAAGGCGCAGCAGGCUGCCGCCCCGCCCAGCAGCCCCACGUACACUGCCGCGCGCCCGGGCCGAGCCCGCGCCGCAGCCACAGCGUCCCGGCAAGCCUCUGCGUAGUCCCGGAGCAGCGCGCGGGCCCAGUCGCCUGAGGGGAAAGAAACGCCGUCAGAGUCGUUCAGCCGCUGCGGGGACCCACCCCGCUGCCUUCCACUCCUACUCACCCAGCCGCGCCCACACGCUUGGCUUCACUGCCGCGGCCGCAUUUCCAGCCUCAACGCCCGCUUCUUCACGGCCUCGGGACCAAAAUCUCUUCAGAGCAGCCGUGAUCAUCCUCUUCCGGCCUGGGGUCCUUCAUCCGAAGAGAAACGCCAGGCGGCCCACGCAUGCGCAGAGAGUCUCGGCCACGCCGGCUAAGGUAGCUUUUAGGUGAGGAAGGCGGGGUGCCCCUGGUGACUUGGACGGCGAGCUUAAACCCAGAGCGGGAUGCGGUGACGCCCCUGAACAACCAUGGCAGCGGCUGACGGGUUGGCCUUCCACGAAUUUGAGGAAGCUACUAAUCUUCUGGCUGAGACCCCAGAUGCAGCCACCACCAGCAAAAGUGAUCAGCUGACCCCACAGGGGCACGUGGUUGUGGCUGUGGGCUCUGGUGGCAGCUAUGGAGUCGAGGAGGAGGUGGAGGAGGAGGGGGACAAGACAGCGCUUUUACAGGAGGAGAAGCCACAGCCUGGAUUCUGGACAUUCAGCUACUAUCAGAGUUUUUUUGACGUGGACACCUCACAGGUCCUGGACCGGAUCAAAGGCUCACUCUUACCUCGCCCUGGCUACAACUUUGUACGGCACCAUCUGCGAAACCGUCCAGAUCUGUACGCAACAGAGACAAGACACAUCCACCUGCCCUGGGAGCACUGGGCCCGGGAUUUGGACUGUAACCUCCUCGCAGGCCCCUUCUGGAUCUGUGCCACCCUGGCCUUUGUCCUGGCAGUCACUGGAAACCUGACCCUGGUGCUGGCUCAGAGGAGGGAUCCCUCUGUCCACUAUAGCCCCCAAUUUCACAAGGUGACCGUGGCAGGCAUCACCAUCUACUGCUAUGCGUGGCUGGUGCCGCUGGCACUAUGGGGCUUCCUGCGGUGGCGCAAGGGUGUCAGGGAGCGCAUGGGACCUUACACUUUCCUGGAGACUGUAUGCAUCUAUGGCUACUCCCUCUUCAUCUUUAUCCCUACUGUGGUCCUAUGGCUCAUCCCUGUGCCAUGGCUGCAGUGGCUCUUUGGGGCAUUGGCCUUGGCCCUGUCAGCUGCUGGGCUGGUGUUCACCCUCUGGCCUGUCGUCCGUGAAGACACUAGACUGGUGGCUGCAGUGCUACUGUCCGCUGUGGUGGUGCUCCAUGCCCUCCUGGCCAUGGGCUGUAAGCUGUACUUCUUCCAGCCGCUGCCUCCAGAACAUGUUGUACCUCCAUCCAAAGCCACAGCUCUGCCCCCAAACAUACUGCUGACACCCACAAUGUCCCGGUCCAUGGCAACCUCCUAGGAAGGCCAACCUAUAGGCAAAACCUAAGGGGACAUACCUGUCCUGUUCCUGAUGAUGACUGAAGUCUCCCUCAACCACUCAAGACCACUCUGCUACUUUCCAGACUUUUCUUACAAAGCAAACACUUUUAUUUUCUAUGCAAAGGUGAUCCAGAGAAUUUAUAUAAAGGUGGGGGAGGGGCAGUUGAGCAGGGAGCUUCCAGUGCGGCUCAGGCUACACAGCACAGGAUAGGACAGGACUCCCAAGCCCUCCAGCCUGCCCGUGGGGCCUUACGCUUUCCCUGACAGAGCUCUGCCAAGGACAGGAGGAAGGAGGGCAGCCUGGCUGAUGGGGAGUCCCAGCCUUCCCUGGGGGCACACAGUGGAUGUGAGGCCUAGCCUGAGCUCCAUCUUCUGAGGUCGGGGGUGCUAGGAACAAGGGGAGCAGAAGUAGAAGAAAACUGCCUGUGCUGAAACAUACAUUUCCUUGUUUAUUUUGUUUUGUUUUCUUUUCUGUUUUUUUUUUUUUUUUUUGGAGGGAGAAGUCCCUUUAAGGUCCUUUCCCAGGAUGGAGGAGGACCAAAAUGCCAUCAUGGUGGUAGGGACUGGAGGGGAAAUACACAGGCCUAAUGUUAGCUACAAGAGAAAAGGACGCCUUCUCUGACAGAUCCUUGAGGUUUCUGUCUGUCCAAGCGACCCACAGUGACCUUCCCUCUACGCUGCCAAUUCCAGCUUUUGGUGGAGGGGGGGGGGGACCUGCAGGGGCUCAGGGACAGAACAGCAGCAAGAGGCAGGGGCAGAGGACGGAGGGCCUUCAGACAGCUGGGGUGGGUUGUACAUUCAAGUGUGAGGUGAACCCUUUGGUGGGAGGGGCCUGAGGCCUGGCCCAGGGUUGCCCCCACCACUGAGCCUCUGAGCUUGGGGAGAGGGGCUGCUGGCUGGGCCCGGCCGGCCGGGUUUCUCAGAGGGUCUGUGGAUUGACACUGGUUCUUUUCGUAAAAAAAUAAAAUUAAAAAAAGCAGCA